GUUGCGGCAGAAUCAGUUAUCAAUCGUUAAUCAAGCGGAGAGGCCGCGGAAGCCAUCGUAGGAGCAAGACUUGCUAGUCAACUCAGUACCGGGCGGUGUGAUCCAGGGCAGUCGAUGAAGACUUUGGCAGACGGAGCUCAAGUUGGCGGAAGGACGAAGUGCAAGUGUUUGGGACAGAAAGAAGAUUCUCGAGUGCAGGCGGCUUUAUGAUUAGUCCGUUGAGUAAGGGUUCAGGUGAUCCGGUGGAAGGUUUUAAGUGAUUCGGCAAACAGGAGGAUAAGCGCAUCGCUAGGUCGGUGGGUGGGUGCUAAUUGCUCGUGUGAUCGCCACUGCCAGUCGGAAAAAAAAUACGGUUGAAUUUGGAUCAACCACGAUCGUGUUCAGUUUUAUUAGUUCUCGUGCUGUAGUUCUUGAAGCAGGUCUUAUUGACAGAAGAUGAAGCUCUAUUUAGAAACUGUGUUUGCAGCGCUGUUGAUCUUUGGAGCUCACAAUGCCUCGGUUAGCGGGCACCGAUUCGGUUACAGCAAACCGGAUCAACGUAGAUGGUCCAAAGCUCACCAGAGCUGUGCCGGGAAGCAUCAAUCGCCGAUCGCCAUCUCCAGCAGUAGGGCGAUUCCGUUGAACAUGCCGGCUAUCGAGUUGGUCGGAUACAACAACCUGCUGCCGGGACCGGUCACCCUUCACAAUAACGGACAUUCGGUUUCCAUCUCCAUACCGAAAACCGAUCCAUCGAAGGGAAAGCACCCGUACGUCUUCGGGGGAAAGCUGGGCAACGAGUACGAGCUGGAAGGGCUACACUUCCACUGGGGCGACAAGAACAACCGAGGCGCCGAGCACGUCAUGAACGAUAUCAGAUACCCUCUCGAGAUGCACAUCAUUCAUCGAAAUAAAAAGUACAAAUCUGUUGGAGAAGCUCUCGGCUAUUCAGAUGGUCUAACUGUUCUCGGUUUCUUCUAUCAGGUAACCGAGCACGACAGCCACGAGAUUUCCUCUUUGAUGAGGGUCUUCCCCAUGAUCGAAGAGUACGACCAACAAGUUCACCUGAACCACACCUUCACGCUAAACUCACUGCUGGGCAAUUUGGACAUGACCCGAUUCUACACCUACAAAGGCUCUCUAACCACGCCACCGUGCUCCGAAGCGGUCACGUGGAUUCUCUUCCCCGAGGUGCUGGACAUUUCCAUUACGCAAAUUCGACGAUUCCGGAUGCUGGACACCGGAAUGCAUGGUUCCCCUAUGGUGGAUAACUUCCGAGCGCUGCAACCGCUGGGCAAUCGGAGAAUAUUCGCGCGAAAGGUGAACGCCCGUAACACCGCACUGGAAAGCCUGCGCAGCGAGAUCGACCAUGCCCAAUGGGAUUGGGUGUUCUGAUCAACGCGGGAAAAGCGGUCAUCAUCUUUUACGCGGUCAUCGUACAAAAAAAACUAGGGCCAACAACGUCAUUUUGCUAUGGCGGAUACUCAACUUAUGAAGUUAUUUAUUGAAAAAGAUAAGAGCGAAGUGGGGCUUUUAUAUAGUUACCAAAAAAUAAAAACAAUAAGUAGGAACAUAAAUAAAUAAACCGUUCAAAAUAUUUGCACUCGUGUUGAAUGUAUGUUUGUGCUGGAAUCCCUUUUGACUUCGAUUUUAACAAAUUUUCAAUCACUAAAAUAAAACUCCUAAAAAAUAAGAAAUUUUUCAUAAAAAUAAGGAAAUUGCCCAUUGGGUAG